GUGCAACUGGCUGUACUCAUACCUAAUAAUAAAAAUUACAUUAUGUUAAUAUUUAUUUACAGAAUAAUGGAUGUUGAUGAGAAGUACAGCAUUAAAAACUUAUUGUUUUAUCGUGCUAUACCUCCAUUCACAAUAAAUGAACCAAUAGCUGGCUACAAACUGUUUGGAUGUAUAGAUUGCGGGGACAGGUUCGUACUGGAAUCGAGUUACCAGGAUCACAUCAAUCGCAAAUCUGUAAAAAUAAGUUACACCUGUCGUCGUUGUAGUGCAUCUCAGAGAAAAAUUUUCUAUAAUAGAUGCAAUUUGCUUUCACACAUUAGAUCACAUUCUUUUAAAACUGCAACUAUUAAUGUAUCAGAUUUGAAUAUUGAACCACUGCCUCUAAAGUUCUUCAAAGUAAGUAACGCUACGGCGCCACAGCCACAAGUUGCCCAAAGUUCGUCUGAAAAUACCAAAGAAUGCAUAAGCGAACGUACCGUUUGUGUUGAAUGCAAUAAAGAUAUUACUGUUGAGGGGUCUCCACACAAAGAUCGUGUAAACCAUUACAUGAAGUAUACAAAUCGAUUUCAUUCAUGUCCAGUUUGCUUAUUAACAUUGCCUACAAUUUGCGCUCUUAAAUCUCAUCUACGCGUUCACCUCAAAAAUCCACCAUACUUCUGCCCCGAAUGUGGAAAUCAAUUACCCAACAAAAUUAUUAAUUACCCUUUUAGCCACAAUUGCGAAGGUUUCAAUAUGAUGAGAGCUACAGUUAGAUUAGAAUGCCCUGUUCCUAAAUGCCAGUCCACUCUUUUUCAUCCGCAUGAUUUUAAGAAACAUCUGAAAUUAGAUCACAUGAAAAAGGUUUUUAAAUGUCCUUAUUGUGUCGUAGCAUGUUUUAGUGGAGUAACCAUUAGCAAACAUUUAGAGACUCAUCAACCUCAGCAAAUUAAUAAUAUAUUAAUAUUCCAUCAAUGUGAAAUGUGUCCAGGCAGAUUGGUAGUACAAAACCACUUGGAGAGUCACAUUAAUGCUCAUAUAAAUGAUAAUGUUUACCCAUGUUGGACAUGUGGGACUCGAUUAAAAAACAUUCCUCUCCUUAUUAACCAUCACAUCAACCAACAUAUCACAUCUAACAAUGGUAUGGCGGAAGAACUCAAAAACGCGUUGAAAACUUCCUUAGAAUGUAACAGUACUAAAGCUCUUCAAACAAAAAUGUUUCGCGUUGUAAAGAGAUGUGAUCAAUGUUUAAGAAGUUUUUCUUACAAAUGUAAUUUUGACGACAUAAAAAUUUUGCCUAAUGCUUGUCCUUAUAAAUGUACCCCAUCAUCAAAAUCAUUAUUGAGACAAUCAGAUACAGAAGCAUCAACUAACAUUGUAUGUCCCUUGUGUCAAGAAAACAUUGAUUCAAAAUGGGAGAAUGUUAAGAAACAUUUUAGUUUGCGUCACAAAAAGCACAAGUGUCUAGAUGGUGAAGUGAAAUUGAUAAAAACUGAUUUAAUUACAAGAAGAAAUAAGAAUAGAAUCAGAAAAUCUGCUAAAAAUAGCAGAGUCAGAAAAAGAAAACACGCUAAUAACCACAAGCAUAAAAAUCCAACUAUUACUGGAAAUAUAAGUCGAGAAGAUACAACCAUACCACAAGCCGAGUUUAUUUGUAUUAAAUGUCGCCAUGAAUGUGAAUCAAAAGAAGAUUUGGAGGAUCAUAUUCGAGAUCACAGAGACCCUUGUAUGGAAUAUCAAUGCCUGGAAUGUGGAGAAUGUUUUAUAGUAAAACCAUCAUUUUCUACUCAUCUAUUAAUAAACCACGGAAUAUCUGAUGUUGAUGAUUACAUCGAGAAAAAAAAAUGUUACAAUGAUGUUGCCUUUAUUGUGAAUCAAGAUAAAGAUGUUGAUAUGCCACUUGAUGAAAAUCAAUGUAGAAUAUGUAGGGAAAAGUUUGAUGACCCUGAUGAUUUAGAAAAACAUUUUCGUGUGCAUGGAAUGGCUUUCUUGAUGAAGAAUUCUCAAAGUAAAUCUGCCAUUUCGUAAUCAGUAACAUGUGCGAUUUUAAAAUAUGUGCCAGACAUAAUUUAAGAUAUACCUUAAAAAAUAUUCCGACGCACAGUUUUUGACUUUAAUAUACAUAUGUAUAGAUAAGAACUUAGUUGUUAGUUAUAUAAAAUCUUACUUUGACAUCUGUAACAUGUUUAUUUUUAAGUUUGUUAUUCCCGCACCGUAUAUGAAUAACGUGAUCCUUUUUCUUCAUUAAUACAGGACGGGAAGGACAGAUCAUGAAAUUCUUGUGACCUAU